UUAGCGCUCCAUGUGUAACAAGAACGGACACGCAACUCUAUAAUUUAGUUUAGCAGUUCUUAUAUUCAUUCUACCUUUUGUUUAUCACGAAUCCUCUUUGAAUAAUUUUUUAUUGUUACCGAUCCCUAAGACUUAACUCAAUAUUUAAAUUCUUAAUGUGCUAAAUAUGUAUUUAAAACACUCAUCAACUGUUCAUUAAUAACCUUCUUCGCGAUAAGAGAUUCAUUAUAAAUAAAUAAAUACAAUAAAUAAUUUUUAUUCGUAUAGUACAAUAAUUUGCGUAUGUAAGGAUUUCGUAGUUCCCCAAAAGUCUGCCACAGGUUAAAAAUCGCUAUUCUAAUUAAUUAAUUAUAAUUAAUUAACAAUCACAACACGAUUUUUCAUCUUUUAUUUACUUCAAUAAAAGAAUGAGUUAUAAUGUGAUUGGUUAAUAACAUGCGUUUCAUUUCGCAAUAUCAGAAGUACGAAAUAAGCAGAAAUGCUUUCCUAGCGUUUCUUUGCAUUUGUAAUAUUAUUUAAAGUAAUGGAACUAACAAUAUUGUGUUUAACAAUAAACUGUUUCGAAUAUUUUAAAACAAUUUCUAUACAUUAGAAAUUAUAUAUAUAUUGUUCAAUUAAAGUGUAAAUACAUAUUGCGCACAUACAUAACCAACAUAUAUGUACAUGUAUAUGUACAUGACCAAGAAAAUAUUCAUUAAUUGAUUAAUACUUAUAAUUAUUAUUUUAAUCGAUGUCUCAACGUACUAAAGUUAUCCAACUAUACAAGACGCUCUUGUAUAUGGGUCGUGACUAUCCAAGAGGUUAUAAUGUUUUCAAAGGAAAUCUAAGAAAAGCUUUUGAAAAAAAUAAACAAGAACGUGAUCCUGAGAAAAUUGAUAAAAUGUUGGCUCAUGGUAAUUUUUUUAUAAGAUUCAUAAAUAUGGCCAUUUGUGUAGCUGUAAUCGGAAAAGAUAAUUCUCCAAAAUAUAUUAGAUGUGUAGAUGAAUCAUUGGCAUUGCAAUUUCAUUGCAAAGUUCAUACGUCAAUUGAUAUUAUAGAAGAAAAAUUAAAUGUUGGAAAUAAAACUGCUAUUGAUAUACGAGAUUUGUAUUUAAAUUUAUUAUAUGCUACUGAAGAAUAUAAAAUAUAUGGUUAUGCUACUAAUACAAAAAUCAAAUUUAUUAUUGUGUCUCAUUCAUCAAACACGUCUCUGAGAGAUAAUGAUGUAAAAAUGAUUUUUAAGAAAUUGCAUGCGGCUUAUUCUAAUGCUGUAUGCAAUCCAUUUUACAUUCCAGGUGAUCAAUUGAAUUCCAAGUCUUUUGAUUUAGCAGUAAUGGAUAUAAUGGGUAUUAUAUCACCUUUUUAAUAGAUUAUAUUUGAACUUAAUAUAUUGUGAAUAUAUUUCAAAUAGAUAUCAUUAAAUUAUGUAAAAAUUAUUACAAAUCUUUUUGCUUUGAUAAAAUGUAUA